GCAGGAGCCGCGCUGUCGCUUAGCAACUGCAGAAGAAGAGUAGCAGGAAGCGGGAAGCGGGCUAACGGCUAACAGCCCGCUAAACACGGAGCAUCUGCAGACUGAACAUGCCGCGGGAGAUUAUAACGCUUCAGCUGGGACAAUGUGGAAAUCAAAUUGGGUUCGAGUUCUGGAAGCAGCUGUGUGCCGAGCACGGCAUCAGUCCCGAGGGCAUCGUGGAGGAGUUUGCAACAGAAGGGACCGACAGAAAGGAUGUGUUUUUCUAUCAGGCUGAUGACGAGCACUACAUCCCUCGAGCAGUUCUUCUAGAUCUGGAGCCCCGUGUGAUCCACUCCAUCCUCAACUCGCCUUACGCAAACCUGUACAACCCAGAGAACAUCUACCUCUCUGAGCACGGCGGGGGUGCAGGGAACAACUGGGCCAGUGGAUAUUCACAGGGCAAAAAAAUUCAAGAAGACAUCUUUGACAUCAUUGACCGAGAGGCGGAUGGCAGCGACAGUCUGGAGGGAUUUGUCCUGUGUCAUUCAAUCGCUGGCGGAACCGGCUCGGGGUUGGGAUCAUACCUGCUGGAGAAACUCAACGACAGGUACCCAAAGAAACUGGUACAGACAUACUCUGUUUUCCCAAACCAGGAUGAGAUGAGUGACGUGGUCGUUCAGCCGUACAACUCACUGCUCACGCUGAAGAGGCUUACGCAGAACGCAGACUGCGUGGUGGUGCUGGAUAACACGGCUCUAAAUCGCAUCGCCACGGACAGGCUGCACAUCCAGAACCCUUCGUUCUCCCAGAUCAAUCAGCUGGUUUCCACAAUCAUGUCUGCAAGCACAACCACCCUGCGCUACCCAGGGUACAUGAACAAUGACCUUAUAGGCCUGAUUGCUUCACUCAUCCCCACACCCCGCCUCCACUUCCUCAUGACAGGAUACACACCACUCACUACUGACCAGUCGGUUGCUAGCGUGAGGAAAACCACAGUGCUGGAUGUGAUGAGGCGGCUUCUGCAGCCGAAGAAUGUGAUGGUGUCCACGGGUCGAGAGAGGCAGCCCAGCCACUGCUACAUCGCCAUCCUCAACAUCAUCCAAGGAGAGGUUGACCCCACACAGGUACAUAAAAGUCUCCAAAGGAUACGAGAGCGCAAACUAGCCAACUUCAUUCCCUGGGGUCCUGCCAGCAUCCAGGUGGCUCUGUCCAGGAAGUCUCCGUACCUGCCCUCUGCUCACAGAGUCAGCGGCCUGAUGAUGGCCAACCACACAAGUAUCUCCAAUCUGUUUGAGCGGACGUGCAAGCAGUAUGACAAACUGCGUAAGCGCGAGGCCUUCCUGGAGCAGUUCCGCAAGGAGGACAUUUUCAAGGACAACUUUGACGAGCUGGACAACUCUCGCGAAGUCGUCCAGCAGCUGGUGGAUGAGUACAGCGCAGCAACUCGGCCGGACUACAUUUCCUGGGGCACGCAAGAACAGUGAGCACACUCUGUUGCAUCUCUGCUCCAGCCCAGUCAACAUACAUGCUCCGUCUACCCCAUCUUGGCUCUCCGCAAUAUGUUUCCAACAUGUCUCACGGUAGACCUUUGUCUGUCUAGCUGAUAUAAUGAAAAUUAUUUAUGGGCUUGUAGUCGCAUGUUAUGAUGGUGUUUUGUCUUAAAAACAAGAGACUGGGGGAUGAAUAUAAACACCAGUUUUCAUCAUACUAACCAAAGUGUUUAAUCCUCGACCGUAUCAUAUCCUGAAGAUUGUUACACUGAUACGGAUCUCUCACCUGAUUGUUCAGAUAAGUGAAGGUAAGAUUACAUCUUUACAGAAAGCAACUUCAUCUGUUGUCUGUAAAUAUCAGCACCUAUAUUCUCCGACACUGAACCCUUUGUUGCCUAUUUUACUUUUCAGAAAUAUUAAACGACCCUUUGCCUUGUUUUCUCUAUUUUUAUACAGAGUAGUAGUUUUGGGCAGUUUAAGUUCCAGUUGGACUUUGCAUAAAUGGUGUUAUUGUAGUUUAAACAGCAGGUUCUUUACAUUUCCACAGCUUUUGUCCUUGAUUGCAUAGAUGGAUGCAGUGUAAAGAUAUUAAACUAGUUUGAACACUAUUCUCUUUGCUUGUACAUAUACUUAAAGAAUAGAUAAUUCCCUGCAAUCCUCGGUAUUGUUGAAGUGAAAAUAUUGUUCCUUGAUGCUUUGCUUGUUGGACCUGUUAAGAAGAAUAAACAUUUUCUAUCACA